CGGAGUGCCGCCGUGAUGCCAAGGCGGCACCGCCCCGCCGUGGCUCGCACUUCCACCCCCAUGGAUGGUCGAAAAUCUAGCGGAAAUUGCCAAAUCGGCCAGAGCGAGAGGCGUGGCAAUCGUCGGAGCGCCCGCUCCAAGCAACCUUCCACCCCCAUGGAGGGGCUAAAACCUAGGAAAAAUUGCCAAAUCGGCCAGAGCGAGGGGCGUGGCAACCAUCGGGCCGCCGGAUCCAAGCAAGCGACGGCCGAGAUCUCCCCAGGGUGCUGCGUGCACUGCCCCGCGGCGGCGGCGGCUCCGGCUCGGACGCAAGGCCGCCCAAAAGCGGAGCAGGAUCGCCCCCGACGCGUCCGUGGGCAAAAUUGGCAGGCCGCGCCCGCGCCGAAGUGGCCCAAACCCCCCCAUAAAUCGCCCGCCGAUUCCAAACACCGCUCCACUCCACCACCCCCUCGCAAGGCCGAGCCACAGAGAGCCGCACCGAAAUCGCGUCCCGUCGUGCAAAGGGAGCGGGGGGUUGGGAGCGGGACAAAUCUCCCUCGUCAGCACCUCCACCACCACCGUCCACCGCCACCCCGCUCUCGCCCCCUCCAGCCUCGCCCCUCGCGUGGGAGGGACGCCGUGUCCUCCUGCCCCCACCGCGCCGCGCGGGGAAACCCUAGCGGCUGCAGAUCUCCGGGCAGGCGCCCCGAUCCGGGCGGCCCGCGCCCCGAUUCGGCCCUCCCGGCGCCUCAAAUGGCGGCGGACGGGGCGGACAGCGACCUUGAGGAGCAACUCAAGGAUGUCGGCGCCCGCCUGCAGGAGGCGCCCGACGACUCCGACGGCCUGCUCAAGCUCCUCUACGACGUCGAGAAAUAUCUGUUGAGAGUGGAGCAAUCACCUGCAGCAAGCACAUUUGCUGCUGUUCGCCCAGCAAUGGAUGCCCUGAUCAAGAACGAACUUUUGACUCACCCUAAUGCCGAGGUCAAACUUGCUAUAGCAUCUUGUAUAUCUGAGGUUACAAGGAUCACUGCACCCGAGGCUCCGUAUGAUGACAAUAUUAUGAGGGAUUUGUUUUCCAUAAUUGUGGGGACUUUUCAGAAUUUAGAUGAUAUUGAGAGCCCGUCCUUUGCAAGGAGGAUUUCAAUUCUCGAGACUGUGGCAAAGGUCCGGUCGUGUGUGGUCAUGUUAGACCUUGAGUUGGAUGAUCUGAUUCUGCAGAUGUUUAACCAUUUUUUCACAACUGUGACAUCAAACCAACCAGAAAUUGUCAUAUCAUCUAUGGUAACAACAAUGAAACUUGUAAUAGAUGAGAGUGAAGAAAUACAGACAGCGCUUGCAUCGUAUCUUCUUCAAAAGGCUAGAAAUGAGGAGAGGGAAACGUCUCCAGCAUCUUUUGAACUUGCAGAGAAGGUGAUCAGCUCAUGUGAAGAUGGGAAGCUAAAACCAAUAUUCCUGCAGUUACUUCAAGUUCAAGGCACUCCCUUGGAUGACUACAGCAAAAUUGUCACGCUGGUUUGUGAAGGUGAUAAGGUUGUCAGGGAAGACAACAAUGUUGAUCCUUCUGGAAAGGACACGGUGGAUGAUGGCAAACUUUCGGAAAGGACUAUUUCUGAUGAACUGCCUCAGGAAUCUUCAAAACUGGAGCAAGAUGGUACUCCGACUACUGCUAUUAGUAGUGGUGCAACUCUGGUUGAUCAUGGUGAGGCUAAUCAAGGACCAUUUUCUCCAAAAGGACAAGCGUCUCCAAAGGGAUCAGCGUCUCCAAAGGGAUCAGCGUCUCCAAAGGGACCAGUGUCUCCAAAAGGACCGGUGUCACCAAAAGGAUCAGCGUCACCAAAAGGGAAGCCUGAACAGCCUGAAGACACAAAAGAUGCUGAUCAGUUGAAAUCUGCUAAUGAUGGUGUAGAACCUGUUGAUGCAAAGCCCAAGAAGCCAUCUGAUCUUGAUUCAGACAAAGACCUGAAGCUCAAACCCUGCAAGUCUGUGGCUACUCCACACUCUAAUGUUGAUGUUGACAAAGAAGCUCAUGUAGUAUCUGGAGAGUUAUCUGCAGACAAGAAGGUAGUCAAUGGAGUGGCUGAUAAUGUACCAAAGCGUGCUGAUACCACACCCGAUGUAGUUAAGCCAAAACGAGGCCGACCUCCUGGACCAAAGUCAUCAGAGAAAAAGGCUGCUAGAAAUAACCAAUCUUCAGAUUUAGAUUUGAAGAAGACUGAGGAGGCUAUGGAUUCAACUGGGAAGUUAACAAAGCGAUCAGCUAAGGAUGAUAUCAAAGCUUCCACAAAAAAGACUGGUGAAGGAGAAUCAUCAAAGAAGCAGCAAAAACCCAGUUUGAAACAGCACAAGGAAGAAGUCCUCUCUGAGGAGGACACCACCAAGGAUAUGACUCUAAAGGAAAUGGUCUCUCCGAAGUCUCUGACCAAGGGGUCAGGUAGAACCAAGGGUCAAAGUGGGGAGAAUAAUGUGGUGAAGAGGAAGCGUGAACAAGAUACUGAAGAGACUCCUCGCUCAAGGAAGGACAAAGGUCUGGAUGGAAGUCUAGUUGGUUCAAGGAUCAAAGUAUGGUGGCCAGACGAUGAGAUGUUUUACAAGGGUGUUGUUGACUCAUUUGAUACCCAUUCCAAAAGGCACAAGGUUGCAUAUGAUGAUGGAGAUGUAGAGGUACUGCUGCUUAGGGAUGAAAAAUGGGAUUUCAUCAGUGAGGAAGAAGGCAAAACUCCUGAUGUACCAUCUGACAGGCGCCGUGGCCGAAAAGGGAGAGGAAUCACGCUGCUGCCAGUGAAGGAAGAAAAAAUAGAAACACCUAAAAGUGACGGAGUGGAGCUUCCAAAGAAAAGGGGCCGUCCGAAAGGUUGGCGCCCCAACAAUGGUGGCACACCGUCUACAACUCCCAGCAAAUCAAAGGGGAAAACUGCUGUCAAGGAUGCCAAGGGGACACCUAAAACUGCUGUUGAGAUUAAGAAAGAAGGCAAGGAGAAAGCCACUGGAUCAGCUAACAAGACGAAGGAUGAUUUAGCUAAAGACAGCAGCAACCAGAAGCUGAAGGAGGUUGGGAGCAAAUCUGGCGAUGGAUCUGUGAAGGGUAGGCCUGGGCGGAAACCAAAAAGCGCUGCCACUAGUACUCCAGUGGCGGGUAGUGGAUCUGGAUCUGUUCAAGAGAAGCGGAAGGAGAAGGAGGAGAAGGAAGAGGCUGAGGCAUCUGAAAUGGAGCAGGAGGCAUCUGGCAAGGGGGCGUCUUCAACUGGAAAGAAGCGCAGAAGGAAGGCUUAGGCUUGAACCAACCAACCAACCAACCGUGAACUUCCCCUGUAAAUGGGUUCGCUCUCAUCAUGGCACCGUUGUAUGGAUUGUAAACUCCUUGGUCGUCUUUGUUUUUUACCUUACCUAUUGAAUUUGUCUGUCUGCUGACUGGGCACCAUUGUCAUUGUCCGUGUCUGUUGUAGUUAGGGGGCUGUGGCUGUGGCAGGAAACAUCUGCAGUAGCUGUAAUGUUUAGUCGUGACUUUGUGUUGUGGGAUGCAUGAUGUGAUGCUGCAGAGCCUCAAGGGAACAUCUAGUUUGUGUCGGAUGUUGUUGUAGCCAGCUUAUUCAUGUUCUAUUUAUAUAGGCUAUAUAUUUGGUCA